AUGGAACGGAACGAGCUGCUGACGUGGCAUUUUUUUUGCAGAAACCCCCCGCACCUCCUUCUGCUAGCCCUGGCCCUAGCCCUCACCCUCCCGCCCGCUGCGCCGCAGCCGGCGCCGGGGUCGGCGGCGGAGCCGCAGGAGGACGACGCGCGGUGCCUCAAGGGCGUCAAGGCCGGCCUCAGGGACCCCGAGGGCCGCCUCACCUCCUGGACCAGCAACACCUCGGCGGGCGCCGUCUGCGACUUCUCCGGCAUCUCCUGCUUGAACCCGCAGGAGUCGCGCAUCCUCGCCGUCUCCCUCUCCGGCUUCGGCCUCCAGGGUAAAAUCCCCCCCGCGCUCCAGUACUGCCGCUCCGCCAACACGCUCGACCUCUCCUCCAACGCGCUCGAGGGCCAGAUACCCCCCGCGCUCUGCGACUGGAUCCCCUUCGUCGUCAACCUCGACCUCUCCGGCAACCGCCUCACCGGCCCGCUCCCCUCCGAGCUCGCCAACUGCCGCUUCCUCAACUCGCUCAAGCUCAGCGACAACGCCUUCUCCGGCCAGAUCCCCGCCUCCCUCGCGCGCCUCGACCGCCUCAAGGCGCUCGACCUCUCCGGGAACCGCCUCGAGGGCCAGAUCCCGUCCCAGCUCGGCUCUGCCUUCUCCAAGGACUCCUUCUCCGGGAACUCGGGCCUCUGCGGCCACCCCGUGUCCUCGCGCUGCGGCAGCGGCCUUGGGGGCACCGGCCUCGGCAUCGUUAUUGCUGCCGGGGUCUUCGGCGCCGCCGCUUCGCUGCUCCUCGCCUUCUUCUUCUGGCGAUGCACCGGGAAGGGCAAGGCUGGCCGCCGCCGCCAGGGCCGCGGAGGAAGCGAGUCGGAGGUCACUGCGACUUAUCCAGAUCGGGCGCCGCCGCGCGUGAGGACGAAGGAGGUGCGGGGGGUUUCUGCAAAAAAAAUGCCACGUCAGCAGCUGACAGGCGGGCCCUGCCGGUCAGAUACACCGUCAAUACGCGAUUUAGACCUUUUUGUAACGUCUAGCCCCAGACUUGGUAGCGCCCAGAGCAUGCUGCGCCCGCGAACGUCGCACGACCAGCGCUGCCGCUUCAUUCAUCGCGCCGCGCGCCAUGCUGGCCACGCGCACGGGCCGCCGUUCGUGCCGAUCCUGGUCGGUUGGUUCAGACGCUAA